GGCGUCGUUAUCGUGUUCAGUGAGCCUUCACCUGCACCGCCAGCAACAUGGGAGAGUAUCGCGCCAACAAGGCCGGCAUCAACGCCGAGGCGCAGGCGCGUAUCCACAGCAAGUACAACGACGACAUCGCACACGAGACCCUCGAGUGGAUUAAGCUGCUGACGGGAGAGCCCGCCAACACUGCCGGAGACGCUGACAACCUGUUCUCGGUCCUUAAGGACGGCACCCUGCUCUGCAAGCUCGUCAAUGCAAUCCAGGAGGGCUCCGUCAAGAAGGUCAACCAAUCAGCGAUGGCCUUCAAGUGCAUGGAGAACAUCAACGCGUUCCUUGAAGCCGCCAAGAAGCUCGGCGUGCCGGCCCAGGAAACCUUCCAGACUAUAGACCUCUGGGAGCGGCAGAAUCUCUAUUCUGUAGUCACCUGCCUGCAGUCCCUCGGCAGGAAGGCGGGAAAUUACGGCAAGCCUUCGAUCGGGCCGAAGGAAGCGGAUAAGAAUGUUCGAGAAUUCACCGAAGAACAAUUGAAGGCUGGACAGCACGUGAUUUCGCUACAGUACGGCACCAACAAAGGCCAGCAGUCUGGCAUCACCUUCGGCAACACCCGUCAUAUGUGAAGAGUAGUACUUAUUAGGAACCAUGUGAUUUCUAUCCUUGUUUUAUAUUUUUUUAUGUCUACAUUAAAGAUUAUAUAAUAU